UUCUACGGUGGAAACAGAAAGUAGUCGAAAAGGAUUGGUAAUACAGCAAUACAAUACUCGCACACACCGAUUUUUGGAUUCGCAUCGAACCGCAUUCCAAGAGAUACAACACGCAGUACCAACAACCAAAAAAACAGCACAACGCCGGAAAACAUGCCGGAUUUCCUUCCGAUCGUGGUGGUGUGUGGCUUUGGUGCCGUUGCCCUUUCGACGAAAGCGAAACCGGUGCGGCUUGCUUCCCUGGCCUUCGUCUGCGGACUGACCGCCACCCACUUAAUUCGUCCGCUGGCGGCCGGCAACCCUUGGGAAGGCUCCACCGUGCACACGCACUCGGUCGUCCCCCGAAGCGAUGCGCCGAACCAGGCAGCCGCUACGGCAAGUAUGCCGGGCGGCACGGGCGAAUCGAGACCCAACAACGGUGCGAGAACCGCGAGCAAGGCUGCGGUGUUUGGUGGGAACGCGAACGAAACGAACCAGCACGAAACAGAGAAUCGUGCCAGUACCGCCGCUGCCAUUCGAUCGGGCCCCGCCAAAACCGCAAAGCAGGACGAAGAACCAACGAAUCGAAGCCCUAGUACGAGGACCGCGGAAACAGAACAAAACGAAUCUCCUGGGCAAACACCACUACCACCAGCAAAAAGCCUUUCACCGAGAUCGACGUCUUUCGAUGCGUUCUCCUUUUUGUCGUCCAUGAAUCUGACCCGAGAGGAUCUCUUUGAACGAAAUUGGUUUUAUAAGGAAUGGAUGCCACACGCCGCCGGGAACGGAACCCAGCGCGCGCUUCUCCCACCCAUGGACGUGAUGACUCGGUACAUCUCCCAACACUCCCACCAGCGACUGGAACUCGAGUGGAACGAGGCUUGUUUUGCUCGGCGACAACAGAAGGAGGAGCAGCAGAAGCAACCAGCAAGGGACCAACCCGCUCCGAACGGGAAUUCCACGUUUUCUCCCCCGCUUCCUUGCGGGCUCGAUGAGGGUUCCGCCGGAAGUCUCCGCCACAGGAGGUACCUCGUCGCUACCUAUUCUUGUCCCCUCGAAUCGGGGAACCGGUUGCACCGUUUCGCGAACGGCCUGCUGUGGGCCAUCCUGACAAACCGCACCUUUCUGUGGAGGUACCACAACGAAACCGUGUGCGAGGAAUACGGGGAGUCCGACUGCGCCCUCGAAUACAACCCGGACCUGAUCCACGGUCCCGAGGAUUGCGAGGGCAUGCUGGAACGGAAUCCGUGGAUUCCCUCCUACGAAGAGUGGAGGGAGAAACUCGGGUUCGCGGACGACCACAGCGAUCUGGUCAGGGCCGAAAUCCUCGAUUCGAAGCCCUCCGAUGCCACGGCGCUGCCAUACGAUGGUGUUCACCACCCCGGGAAGAAGAAGGCAGGCUCCGGCGAAAGAGACGGUUUCGGUGGCAACAGCACGAGCAGCUCCAACGACAACGACAAGACCAGCAAUGCCAAUGGCAGCACAAGCGACGACUCUUCCGGCAGCAAUCGCGUCGGCCCCGACAACCACCACGAGAGAAGCGGCGAAGACGUCUUUCGGGACAACGACUCUCUUCGCCUGAUCCGGACCGGAAAGCAGGUCGGCCUGAAUCCGGGCAAGAUCCUGACGGCAAACCCCGCCAACAAAACCUCGCACCUGGUCCGCCCGUCCAACCUGGAGCGCCUCGAAGCAUUGCGGUCGGAGGGGAUCUACUUUUUGUACGGAAUGCUCUUCGAGUCGGUCUUUACCAUGGACCCGGGCCUCGAUCCCCCCCAGAGCCUCUUGCACACGCACCCUGUGUGGGCCACUGGCGGCGACACAGACGGGGACCGCGGCGACGAGAACGUCGAGACCAUCUUUCUCCACUCGCGGCACCCCGGUCACUUUGCGGACGACUACACGUGGCCCGAUCACCUGUGCCUCGAGAAGAGGUUUCCGGGGACGGGUGGCGGGGGAGACGAGCGGCCCGAACCAGUCCGCUGCCACGUCUACGUCAUGUCCGACCGGCCCGCUUCCGUGGCACUGCUGCACGCGGAGGUCCGAAACACCACCCGAUGCACCAGCUCCUCGAGGAGCCAGGCGGUGGUGCCCCUUCCCGGAGAACACGCGCCUCACCGGCCGAGCCGGAGCGGAACCGGUGCGUUUUCGUCCACCGGCGAGGAUCCUUCCGCCGCGAACCGCACGGGGACACUCGGUGGAGGGGUCCCCACAGAGUCCCGGCGCCUGGGGAAGAAGCGCCGGAGAAAGAAGGAAAACGACAACCGCGACGCCUCCAGGAGCCCCAGCUUUCGGUCGGAACACGGCCCGAGGGCCGGGAGGGGCUACUGGGAGGACGUGGCGCUGGCGGUCUCCGCCCGGGACGGCAUGAUCGCCUUCCACAUGUUCCACCGGCCCUUCGGCCUGGUCCGGACGAGCACGGCCCUGGUCCGGGAGAUCGUGGAGUUCCGGCGGAAGCUGGAGGAACCCUUCCGGGCCGCCCCACACCGAGAAUUCUUCGAGUGCACGGAUCCCUGGAAGGACAAGAAGAAAAAAAAGAAGAAGAAAAAGAAGAAGGGCAAACCGAAAAAGAAGAAAGAGAAUCUCUGACAGGAAGAUUGUGUGGAUUGGUUGGCAGAUCGAAUCGCUUUCCAGGAACCACGGUGGUCUCGCCGCAUUACCAUUCACCGGGUGUUUCGAUUGCACGGGUCCGCGAGUUGGCCAAAAACGCAAGAAAAACGAAACCGCGAGAAAUCGAUUGGUGGGAUCGCAUCCCACGGAAACUCCGUGGAGUCUCUCCUACUCUCUCUCUCUCUCUCUCUCUCUAUGCGAAUUGCUGUAGGGAUUGGGCGGUUUUGCAUUCGACCGACAACCGUGUUGCAACACAAGACCCACGAUGUUUAGGUGCAAAUACACAAACGCACGGCGU